CGUAGUUUGACAAAACAGCAGCUUAAUACGCCGCCCAGUCUUCAACGGUAGCUGCUCUCUCUCUCUCUCUCUCUCUCUCCAAUCUGCUAAGCACACAAACCCUUUCUUAAUUCUCCAUUCAAAUCAAAUCAUGAUCUUCAGAUAGCAUCACAUCAUCAUACACAGCUUCCAAAACCAAAAGUCUCUCUUAGCAGUGAUUUGAAGAAGGGUUAUCAUCACAGAUGGAUAGUAGCAGUGGAAUUGAGAGCAAUGGGCGUGUGCCACUUUCAGGGGUUGUUGCAGAUUGUGUGAAACGGUGGUUCAGAGACACUCUGAAAGAAGCUAAAGCUGGGGACAUAAACAUGCAGGUCUUGGUAGGUCAGAUGUAUUACAGUGGUUAUGGUGUUCCCAGAGAUGACCAAAAGGGUAAAAUUUGGUUGACUAGAGCAUCGAGGGUUAGAUCUUCAGUUUGGAAAGUUGGUGAUAAGCAUCCAGGUUAUAAUGCAAGUGAUUCUGAUUCUGAUGAAUUGAAGGAAGAUUCUUAAACACACUAAAUGCCUAACAUUUCAAUGGUAUGCAUGCCAGGCAUCUUGCUCUGUAACAACAGUUUUCUAUUUGGGUUUCUGAUGUUUGUUUGAUUUUACAAACUUUUUUUUUAACGUCUAGAUGUCACUAGGUUGGACUUGGUAUAUCAUGCAUUAAGAUAAUCUAUGGUGUAGAUUUGAACCAUGCAAGAGUAGCAUCUAUUAUCAUUUAAAUAAUCACACCAUUGGAUUACUUUAAUGCAUGAUAUAGUAAUUUUUGUUGGGUGUAUCAUAGCAUGGUUCUUUGUUUCUAUGACCUAUAGAAAAGGCAACAUUGUUACUUUUUGUACAAGUUGUUGCUUGGUAAUUGAAGGUAUUUUUCUUAAUCCUCUCGUUAUGUCAUAACAAAUAUAAGAUGAUUGUACAUAAUAACAUCAUAAUUUAUUUUCUUUCUAAACAUGGAAUGUACCAAAGGCUAGACACUUGAGGAUUCCAAAUGAUGUUCAACAUCCUUGAUUUUACACUAUCUGAUUUCAUGGAUGCAAUAUUUAAAGCUGAUUGCAAGCUGCUCUGAAAUUUCCAAUUUUCUUUCAUGGUGAUGAGUGAUGACCGUAGCUAUGGACCAAGUUGACCAUCGGCAAUGACAAAGGAAGGGCUGGGUUCGAGUUAUGUCCUGCAUGACAGGGGUGUUCAUGGAUCGGAUCCGAUUCGCAUAUCCGCGGUAUUUAUCCGAAUCCGAUCCGAAAAUUGCGGAUAUGGAUCCGAUUCGAAAGCCUUUCGGAUCGGAUCGGAUCCGCACACUAAUCGGAUCUGCACACUAAUCGAAUUGGAUUGAGGAUUUUGUGUUGGUAAUACUCGC